GCUAUACAGGAGGGAAGGAAGGACAGAUAUACGACCGAUCCGAACGGACUUGACGUUUCUCUUCAACUCUCGUGUGCGAACGGAGUUCUCUUCGUCUCCCGUGUGUUCCACCACCCGUCUAAACAUCGCUGUUUCCGUUGCACGGAGAACGCGAAUCAAGGAUAACGCUGUUAUUUAGACCGAUACUAAAAAAAAAAAAAAGAAAAAAGUAAUAAUAAUAAUAAUAAUAAUAAUAAUAAUAAUAAUAAAAAUAAAAGAUAAGAAAUAAAAAAAAAAUAAGAAAGGACGGAUAAAGGCUAACCCGUGGUAGAGCUUGUAUACCGGUGGGAGAGAGAAAGAGGCUUAACUGUGUCGGGGCGACCGAGGAAGGACAACAUUUUAACCAUAAUAAUAGCGUUGAACGAUACAACCGCAGGCGAGGACACGCAGUGCGGUACCGAGGAGAUUGUCGCCGCCAGCCAGGGAGGCGACCAACUCCAGAGGAUGACGAUGGACGGCAUGGAAGUGGUGGGCUCGCAACCCCACGCGGCCACCAGCCCGUUCUUGCUCUCACCGCCACCCCUUGGACAUCACCAUCAUCAUCAUCAUCCUCACGCCACCUUCAAUCUGCAAACGGUGCAACUCAGUUUCGACGCGUGUCUACCGUACAACUCGGCGACAUCCUCGAAUUCGAUCGUAUGCGGCGUUGGCGGCACGUCAACACCGGCCGCCACCACUUGCACUUCGUCCACCAGCUGCAACAAGACGAUACCGAGCCUGUCGCUGGCCCCUUGUGCACCCUUGCAAGCCCAGCAUCAAAACAGCGCCGAUACCACGGAUCAUCAUGGCCGGCAUCAUCAACAUCACCAUCAACGGCUCAACGAUCAUCAACAUCACCGGCACGUCGACGCUUCCUCACCUUCGAGCGACUCGACCGACGGGAAACGACGUUUGCAGUCCGUCAACGAGGAGAAGGACUGCUCCAGGGAGUGCAGAGACGAUCUUCAGGAGUCUAACGAUAAGGAUAAAACAGGUGACCUAAACACGCCGGUUACCACCAGCAGCGAUUUACCGUCCUUCUUCGGCCCCUCCGCGCUCGUCGAGCCACCUCCUAUUUCAGGUACCUACAAUCAACAGUCCUUUAAAACAAAAAAAAAAAAAAAAAAAAAAAAAAAAAAAAAAAAUAAACCCCACGAGUAA